AUUCAGUAACGAAACGGCUUUCAGCCGCAACGGAUUGGAAAUAAAAAUUAAUUGAAACUAAAAAAAGAGAUAUAGAAAUAUAUAUAUUCAACCAACGAGAUAGAACGUUGUUUUGAAAAGAGAUGAGAAAAAAAGCAACAAAAAAAAAUACAUAAUGUAUAAAAGAUGAUUUUUAUUAAUUGUUUUUGAAAAGCAUUUAGCAUUUGUUAUAAAAUAACAAAAUUAAAAAAAAAAACAGGCCUAAUGAGGCCUUAAAGUUAUAGUGAGAAAAAUUUAGUUAAAGUGAAGAAAAACCAGUUUAAAAUUGGGUUAUUAAAAAUAAAAAUAAAACUACACUUGCAUUUUAUGGAUAAUAGAAAAAAAAGUAAUAGAAAUCCUUAAAAAAGUACCUAAUUAGAGAGAAAAAUUGAAAAAAGAAAAAGGAAUAGUUAAAGUGCAUAAAUAAAGUUAAAGUUGAUAAUAGAAAUAUCUGUUCCAAUAAGAAAAAAAAGGUGUACUACCGAAAAUAAUAGUACUAACGGUUCGUGUGUGUACUUUUGCCGGCAUUCGUAGCUUAAAGUGUAUACGAUACAUCCUAGAGGAAAAAAUCAAUUUUUGUUCCGAUUACUUUUCUCUAGAGUGGAGGCAUGUUGUUUGUUGGUUGUGUGUGUAGUGUAUGAGUGUAUGAGCCAGAGUAUUGAUUAAGAGUGAAUAAAACGUGGAGUAAAUGCUAGACGACCAUGGAUAAGACAACAGAUGAGAGACAUGAAGAAGACCCGCCACCACCAACAAUGGGGGUGGGUGAGACCCAGCGACCCAUACCGGCAGUGCGCAAACGUCGUUUAGGUCAAACAGCUGUUGAAACGUCAUCGACUGCAGAUGAUACUCAAACAUAUGUUAGCCAAGGCCAAAUGCAGCAGGAUUUUGACAACAUACAAGAAGCAAGCAAUGCAGGUUUAGUAUAUGAAGACUCUAUGCAAGAGACAUCUUCAACUAUAUCCCGCACCAUAACGAAAACUAUUAAGACAACAACUUCCAGUUCCCAUGAGUACUUGAUGGAAGGUUUUGAUACCCUGGGAAGACCUAAGACACCUAAUACACCUUUACGUUUAAAGCAAAAAGUGGCCAUUUAUGAAAAAGCUUGGCAUUCGGGUGAAAUGGGUGGUAUAAAGAGAUCAGCAGAACAUAUGAGUCAGGAAAGCAUACGCAGCCCUACUGAUGCCACGGAUAUUGAUAUAAAUAUUGAUUCGGAUAAUCCUUUUGAUAUAGAUGUUUAUGAGAUUGAAAAACGUUUAAGAGAAGAACGUAAACGUGGUCUGGCCGAAGCAGAGGCUGCAAAAUUGGCUUUUCAGCAGAUCCAGCUAAGAGCCACACCUCUAUCGCCUGCCCGUAAAGUGGAAAUACAUGAAGAACACACCGCUAGUCCUUUUAAUGUUACACUCAAGACCACCAGUAAAAUAUCACCGGGAGCGGUAACAGGUCGUAUUGAAUUAGAAGAACAUUCCCCCAAAAGUCCGUUUAAUGUAACAUUACGCACAACUCAGCGUUAUCGCAGAAAUCCUAGCACUCCAGAGGAACUAACACAAGCAUCACCUUUCAAUGUUACUUUACGCACCACAAAAAGACAUUCCUCUUCACCAAAUGCGGCAGCCGUAGAUGGCAAAUUGGCCUCGGCUAGAUUUUUGGAAGGAGAAAAAACUGUGCGAGAAGUUAUAUCAGCCGAUGGAGUUAAAACCAUAGUUACCUCCUCCAUGACUAGUGAUGGUCGUAAACAUGAGGAGAAAAUCUUUCGUCAUGGUGAGGGUUACUUCUCACCACGUGUUUCACCACAGCGCGAAAUGAGAGCCACUACCCCCUCGCGUUCGGUAGAUAUGACCGCCGGAGGUCGAAGAAUACUUAUAAAAUUAGAAAACGAACAGGAACAAAUGGAAAUGUAUAGUACUGACGAGUCCUACGAUGUAACUGAUUAUAAAGUAACAAGUGAACGUCACUUUAAGACAACUACUAGUGCUGGUGGCGAAACCGUUACUCUAGAAACACCCCCUAACAUUGACAUUAUUGUUGGCACAACUAGCAACCACCCCAAACGUCGUACGGUAAGCCUGGAAACCAAACAUGAACAAAUGCCAUGGCAAACGCAACAACACUAUACCAGUAACUCUACUGCGUCCUCUUCCUCAUCUACAGCUGCCUACACUACCAAGACUACCACAAAAAUAACAACAACGUCAGCUCGCCAGCAACGUGAAUCAUUGGAAAGCGAUGAAACUUCUGUGAAAAAUAUCAGUAUUUCGAAAACGAUACAAUCGCAAGGUUCUACGUCUCCAGAAGAAUCGCAUAGAUUUGUAACAAAACAAACUAUAACUGGCUUGCCCUCGUCCCCAACAUCCGCCUCGGUCUCCACCAGGAUUGGUAAAACGGUAACAAAAACAACGGCUACGCACAAGCUAACGAAACAAGAAACCGAAACAUCACCGCUACCAGAGCAUGAUGCUCUGAAAAAACGCCUUGAAAUAGUGGGUUAUGGUCGCGACGGUCUCGGUCACGGUACUGGUGAACUCGGCUAUAAAACGGAUAAUAAAUUACGCGAACCGCAAAGUGACGAUUCCGAUACCGAAGGCGCUACAGCCAGUAGUAUUGUGAUUGUACCAACUGGCUCUUCGGUAACACCGGCUAGUGCAAGUGUAGCAUCAUCAACAAUAACCCCAACGAAAGCUGGCGGCAUUGUAAGUGCCUCUAGCCACACUAAUACCGGUACUUUGCAUAAGUCUCUGACUCCGACUCAGACACAACAACAUCAAAGUACUACGACGACGUCUCAGACGUCUGCCAACGAAUAUCAAGAAAUCCAAUCCACAAUGGCAGCAAUACAAUUUGCACGCAGUAACUCUCAAUAUGAUACGCACAUCAAGGAGAAAAGAGAGGAGCAAGAACGUGUUCAAAAGAAAACAUUCACUAAUUGGAUUAAUUCAUACCUCUUGAAGCGUGUUCCACCGCUUCGAGUGGAUGAUUUGAUCAACGAUUUGCGCGAUGGUACAAAAUUAAUAGCACUUUUGGAAGUGUUAUCUGGCGAAAAGCUACCCGUCGAAAGGGGACGCGUUUUAAGACGUCCACAUUUCCUUAGCAAUGCCAAUACAGCGUUACAAUUCUUGGCAAGCAAACGUAUAAAAUUAGUCAAUAUCAAUCCAGCCGAUUUGGUGGAUGGGAGACCACCAGUUGUUUUGGGUUUGAUAUGGACCAUUAUAUUGUACUUCCAGAUUGAAGAGAAUAGCCGCAACCUCGAAUACUUGGGCCAUGGCAUUGGUGGUUCGGUUAGUUCUCUUGAUAGCGUGGGUAAAAACGCUAGUGAUAUGAAGGCUGAAAAAUGGAAGCAAGGUGCCAGAAAAACCUUGCUCAAUUGGGUAACAAAUGCCCUGCCAAAGGAAAGUGGUGUAGAGGUUAAGGAUUUCGGUGCCAGCUGGAGGGAUGGUGUCGCUUUCUUAGCUCUCAUUGAUUCCAUUAAGGCCAAUUUAGUUAAUCUGGCUGAAUUGAAGAAGAACGCUAACAAUCGCCAACGUUUAGAAACAGCUUUCGAUGUGGCCGAAAGUAAACUAGGCAUUGCUAAACUUUUAGAUGCUGAGGAUGUGGAUGUACCUAAGCCAGAUGAAAAGAGUAUAAUGACAUAUGUGGCUCAGUUCUUGCAUAAGUAUCCUGAACCCAAGGGUGCCAGCAAAGAUUUCUCUCAUAUACAACAAGAAAUCGAUGAACUCAGACGUUUCCUAAUGGAGAAAUCUACCGAAUAUGAGCCAAUGGUAAUUGGAAAUUCUUUCCCGCGUGAUUUUGCCGAAUAUUUGAUAGCUCGUUCUGAAAUUGAUGCCCAUUUGCCCACGUAUAAUCGAUUGAAACAAUUGGUUGAAAGCCAAAGUGGUUUCUUGCAAGUUUCCCGUUCCAACUGGGAGGAUAUAAAUGUCUUGUGGCAACGUGUCCAAUAUCAAAUGAACUAUUGGCUUUGGCUAUUGGACUCUGAAUUGCCGGGUGAAUUCGGUGAGGUGGGCAAAUGGUUGGCUGAAGCCGAAAAAAUCCUUAUGGAUAAUGAUAUACCCACAGCCAUGAACGAAGAAACGGCUGCCGUUAUUUCUCGAAAACUAGAAGAACAUAAAUUGUUCUUUGCCGAUUUGCCACGUAUUGUUGCAAUGUUUGAAAAUGCCAAGCGAUCACCCUUGGCUCAGAAAAUUCCCUUGGAACAAUUGCGCAAUAUGGAGCGUCGCGUGCAAGAGGUUGGCCCCAAGGCAGCCGAACGUAGAAUUAAAUUAAAGUUCCUAGAACAUAAAUGCUGUUUGGUGGCAUUUUUGAAUUUGGUCGAAAACAAAAUGAAGGGUUGGACCGGUAAAUAUGGUACCGAAGAAAGAGUAGCCCAACAAUUGGAACAAUACAAGAACUUUGUUUCUCGCAACAAGAUUUUCCAAGAAUUCCAAAAGGCUUUCGUCGAUAUGCAACAAGUGGUGGAUGAAUACAAACGUGAUGGUAAUGUCUCACGUAAGGAUAUAGUGGACAUUGAUCGUUUCAUGUACGACACCGAAGAACGUUGGAAGCGUGUGUCUUUGGAAUUGAAAUGUUGCCAAAACUCGCUGGAAGAGGUGGUAAACUGUUGGAAAACUUGGAAUCAAUUAAGUCCCGAAUGCGAGCAAUGGCUUAAUUUGGCCGAACAAAAGGUAAUGCAGUCCGAAGAUGAAAAAUUGAACUUCUUCCAGGAUAUCAGUGUAUGGAAGGAUAAAUUCGAUGCCUUAGCCAAUGGUGCCAAUUAUUUAAUUGCCUCCUGCGAAGAGAAUAUUGCCCAUAACUUGAGACAACAACACGGUUAUUUGGCCGAACGUUUUGAAAGACUAUUUGUUAAUACUAAGAAAUAUAUGCAUGCCGGUGAUAUCAUACGUUCUAGACAAGAAUAUAAAUCAGGAAUUGAAAAGUUAUCGCAAUGGUUGCGCUCCGCCGAGAGUAUUCUUAGUCAGAAGUUGCAAUUGGGCGAUAGCCAACAGAUACAAAAAUACAGUGAAGAUUUGCAAAAAUUAGCUUCAGAAAUUGACGACAAUGAGGAACUCUUCAAAAACAUUAGCCGCAAUAUACAGGGUCUUAUACAGGAUCUUUCACGUGAAGAAGUAGAUGACAUGAUGAAGACUCUUAAACUGGAAAAAGAAGCCUUAGUGCGUGUACGCGCUCAAAUACCCAACAAGUUACAUUUAAUACAUCAACUGCUAAUUCAACAAGAGUCGCUCGAAGCCGGCCAAAAGGAAAUCCAUCAAUGGCUCAACGAAGCCGAAUCCCUAUUAAGCACCCACACUUUAAGUGGUGGUCGUGACAAGGUCAAUGAGGAAUUGAACAAACAUAAAACAUUCUUCUCACGCACCGUCUACUAUCGUUCCAUGUUGGAGAGUAAGAAUAAGGUGUUCCAAAAUCUUUUGAGAAAUGUAACAGCUGACGAAAACAUUGAUCCCACCCAAGCCCAACACAAUAUGCAGCAAAUGAAUGAUCGCUUUAACUAUGUCAUACAAAAUGCCCAACAAUGGGAGCAACGUUUAGGAGAAACUCUCAACAAUUGGAAUAAUUUCAAGGAUAAUGAACGUGUUGUCAGCGAAUGGUUGACUCAGGCCGAAACGAUUCUUAUUGAAAAACACAUUGAAACCAAAACCACCAUUGAAACCCAGAAAUACUUCUUUGAAAAUGUCAACCAAAGAUGGAUGUCUAAUUUGGUGGAUUCUGCCCAGAAUCUUUUAAAAACUUUACCACCACCAGAACAGAAACCAGUGGUAGAUUCCGUAGAAGGUUUGCAAUCAAAAUGGCAAAAUGUUUUAUCUCAAGCUCCUUUGCAUUUAAUGAAAUUGGAAUUCCGUGCCGAAGAAUCACAAUUCCAUCAAACAAUGCAGGAAGUUGAAAAGGAACUGCAUUUGGAGGAGCAAGCUCUUAAUCGUAAUGAAGAUGUUGACUCCAUACUAAAACGCAAUCAACAAUUCUUCUUGCAACAAGGUUCCAUACCCAGAUUAGAGAAUAGUUUGCAAAAUAUGUACCGCUUGGAUCAAGCCUAUAGACAGCAACAGCCUGCUGAUAACACCUUGGAGAAUGCCUAUAAAAACGCCCAAGCUCAAUAUGCGCAAUUAUCGAAUAAGAUUGCUACCAUGCGUGAGACAUUGCAGCAAAUUCCCGCCCAAUGGGAAUCAUAUCAUGAGAAAUUCAAUGAUAUGGUCGAAUGGAUGAAUACUGUGGACAAGAGUUUGAAGAAUAUUGUCAAUGAGGUCAACAGCAUGGAAGAGUUUGAAAAGGAGAAGGUUGUUUUCCAGAAAAUCUGUCAAGAAGCCGACAAUAAACGUGAAGACAUGAAAUGGUUGGUGAAAACUUUGGAUCAUCUUCUUAGCUAUGCCAGUGAAGAGGAAGCCAAUGCCGAACAGAAGAAACUGGAAGACUUGAUUGCUCGUUAUAAAAAUCUCAUACCAACCAUUGAAAUUACCAUGGUCAAAACUGAAGUAUUCUCCAAGUGCUAUACCUAUCGCCGUGAGGUACAUGAAGUUGUCUGCCUAUUGAGCAAGGUUAAAGAACAAGCCGCCAACAUACCACCACCCGAUAGUUUGGAACGUGUUAACAAACUUAUCGAAGAACAACAGUAUGCCAUUAAUCAGUUGGAUCAUCAACGUCCUCAUAUCAUGUCAAUGCUGCAAAGAGGCCGUGACUUGAGCAAGGAUGUUCAUGCUCCUGCUUUUGUACAACAUGAGGUAAAGAAUUUGGAAACUGGCUGGAACCAAGCCUAUACACAAACAUCCGAUAAGUUACAAGCUCUUAAGGGUACUCAAGCUGUCUGGAAUGAGUUUGCCGAUCAAAAGGCUGACAUUUGUUCUAUGUUGCAAGUAGCAGAGACUGAGUUGAGAGCUUUGACUCCUUUGCAAACUGAUCCCAAGAAUGUUAGUCAAGAUUUGAAGGCCAAACGUGAAUUGAAUACUCAGCUUCAUCAAGCCUCACAUCAAUUGUUGCCCAAACUUCAUGCCUUAAAGGCUGAGUUAGCUCCCUUGGCGGCAGCCGAAAAGAGACCCAUAUUAGAGAAGGAAGUUACUGAAGUCGAAAAAAUGUUCUUCAAUACCAUGGAACAUGUUAAGGAUCGUGUUGGUUACUUGGAAGACUACAGUGCUAAAUGGAAUAAUUACAAAUCUCGUCUAGCUGAAUUGCAAGAAUGGGCUAACAAGGUAGCACCAAAGGCCAUUGAAACUUUGCACUCUGAAGAUUUAACCCCUGAAGAACGUGUCAUGAAGGUUAACGCCUUCAAGGGUACUUUAGCCGAAAGGAUGAAACAAUUGGAUAUGUUAGCUGCCGAUGCUUCAGAAUUAGCACCCAAAGAAGGCAAUAUUGCUGAAGCCAAGAGAUUAAAGGGUGAAAUAACUAAACUUCAGGAAGUUCUCAGUGCCAUCAACCGCAAUGUCGAUCAUCAGGCUCAAGCUGUUCAAGAAGAUCUUGCCAACUGGCAACAAUUCCAAACCGGUAUCCAGCAUUUGAAACCGAUUGUGGAGGAAAGUGAAAUUAAGGUAAAUACUAUAGUCCCUAAACCUAUGUCCCUUGAAGAAGCAGUUGCAUUGCAACAAAAUGCCAAACAAUUCGAAACACAUUGCUUGGAGCAAUUAGACCGACUCCAAGGCAUCUCAAACAUUACACACAAAAUGUUAUGCAAAACCAAUGCCCCUGACGAAGUAGAUGCCAUGCACUCCCGUUGGACCACUGUACACGAAAAUGCUAAACAGGCCAGUGGUAAAUUGGAAAAACUUGUUAGUAACUGGAAGUCCUUCGAAAAUGAUGCGGGUAAACUUGAAGACUGGAUCGAUAGGGGUGAACAAUGCGUUGGCAAGAAGUCCGCUUUACUCAGUACUCCUCACGUUGAUAAAUUGGAGAAUGAGUUAGUGCGUCUUAAGUCAUUUAAUAAUGAAAUUUCCGAACAACAAGCCAAAUUGGUGGCUUUGGGACAAUCUGCUGAUCAAAUUAGUUUACAUUUGGCACCUGAGGGUGCUGUUAGUCUUAAGGAUCGUGUGAAUACUAUGAAAGCCAAACUCCAAAAAUUGUCGGAAGCCACUCGCGGCAAUAUCAAUGAAAUUUCCGAUGCUAUUAUAGCCCGUCAAGACUUUAACGCAAAAAUGGUUAACUUCUCUAACUGGAUGGAUAACUUGAGAUCUCAACUUGCCCAGGUGGAAGAAAUCAAUCCAGAAAGAGUCGAAACUAGUUUACAUGUCGUCCAUGCUCUUAUGCAAGAACACAAUGAUAAAAAGCCUUCCUUCAACGCUAUUUACGAUGAAGUUAAGCAAAUUUCCUUAGGUGCUUCGCCCGAAGAAACUAAAGCUCUAAAUGAAGCUUACUCAGCUUUGGUGUUAAACUAUCAAAACUUAGAAACCAAUAUGCAGCAGAAGAAGGUUUGCUUAGAGAAAUGGACUGAACUAUUGAAUUGGAAGCAUGAAACUGAAAAUCACAUGAACUAUUUGAAACAUCAAAUCGAAAAGCCUGAAGCUCCCCAACCCGUAGAGUUAAAUAAGAUAAUGACAGAAAUAGCUGCCAUUGCCAAGAAUGUGCCAUAUUGGAAAACUCAAGCUAAAGAAAUCGAUGAAAAUCCUGUUGUACAUCUUAAAGAUGCUUUGACCCGCAAACCCUACAUUGCCACACAGAUGGUCAAUGAUGUCGAGAACAAAUUGGAGAACUUGCAAUUGCGUACUCAGAAUCAUAAACAACAAAUUGAACAGAUGCAAGUUAGAAAAGAUAAUUUCCAUACUUUGGAAAACAACAUGGCACAAGCGUUGCAAGAAAACCGUGCCAAGUUGUCUGAGAUAUUGAAACGUAAACCCAAUCUUGAAAAUAUUGAUCAAAUUAUUGCCGACCUGGUGGCUCUUAAUGAUGCCUUGAAGGUUCAAUCAGAUCUCAAAAAUAAAAUUCACGAUGAAGGUACACAAUUGAUGCGCGAAGAUAUUGCAAGUAUGCCGGCCAUACAAGAUACUCUCUUACAUAUGGACAAAGACUACGAUUCGUUACAGGGUGAAAUUGCUGAUCGUAUACAAAAAUACGAAUUGAUUUCUCGUGCCUUACGUGAAUAUGCUGAUAUUAAAAAUAAAUUCUCACAAGAAAUGAAGAAAGCCAAUGAUCUCUACCACACAAUACCCCAACAGCCAAGAGAUGAAGUUGAAUUGCAACAAGCUUCUGACAAGACACGUAAAACCAUGGACCAAAUUAGAAAGGUUAAGGUAGUUCUAGAUGAGUUUGAUCGUAAAGUUGCAAAUAUCGGAAAACUUUUUGAUAAUAUUGGCGAAGUGAUUCCUCAGGAUAUACCCAAGGACUUUGCUGCUGCUAAGCAAAGCUAUCAGGAUCUACACGAUAAGACAGUUAAAAAUGCCCAUAUGUAUGAAACCGAGGCAGUUAUAUGGUCUCAAAUUGAAGAUGCCAAAAAGGAUCUCAUGCCCUGGUUGUCCGAAACUAAUCAAGGCUUGUGUGAUGCUGCCGAUAAUAGCAUAGAAAUUGAAUUUGCUCCCAUGCGCCUUACCAAAUACCGUUCGGAAUUGCCUUCCUAUCAGGCCUUGAAGGAUACAAUUGCCGAAAAAUCUGCUGAACUCUUGAAGAUCAAUAACAAUGUUGAAAUUCCGGCUUUAACCUCACUUAAUCAAUUGCUCGAUGAACAAUUUGCUGAGGUGGAAAAUAAUGCCGAACGUCUUAAUGCCAUUACUGCUCAGUUCAAUGAUCAGGAACAAGACUUAAGAAAGAACAUCAAACUGGCCGGUGAACAAGUAGGAAAAUUAAGAGAACAGCUUAUUAAAUGCGAUGAUAUGUCCGGAGAUAAUACCAAGAUUAUUGAACGCCUACAAAACUGCCGAGCUCUUCAAGCUGAACUCUCAAAUACUGGCAAUGAAAUUGACAAUAUUAAGCAGAAGGUAGAUGAGCUGAAGAGUAUUUAUCCUACAUUUAGUGAAUCCAUUAUUCCCAAAGAACUUAACAACGUGCAAAAGAGAUACGAUGGUGUUGAUGUUUACGCCAAGAAAAUUGAAAAUUCUCUUCUACAGUUCCUUAAGAAAUUCCAUGCCGAUAAGGUGGGCAUGUUGAAGAGAAUCAUCAGCACUCAAAAGGAAAAGGUGGCCUGGUGUCAACCUGAAAGUUCCAGUGAUAAGUAUAACUUGGAUGUUAAGAAAUCUUCUUUGCAAGAGGUAGGCAAAGCCUUGGAAGAUUGCAAGAAGAGACAAGGUGAAAUUGCCAACUCCUUGGAGAUGCUUAAAGCCAUUGAAUCGCCCGAAAAUAUUGCUGAAUUGAUUAAGGAUGCCGAUUUGUUGAAUAACGAAAUGAAGGAUUUGGAAAACUCUUUUGAUCAAAUCAAAAAUAUUUUAAAUGAAAAUGUUGAUCUUUGGGUGGAAUAUGAGAAAUCCAAUGAAGAAUUGAAUGCUUGGUUGAGAGAUAUUGAGGGACGUAUUAAGGCUGAAACCAGUAAUCAAAUCAAUCUUAAUGAAAUCCCCAAAAAGUUGCAAGAACUUUCUGCUCUCCAGCAGGAUAUCAAUGAACAUGGCCCCAUUAUAAAUAACUUGGAAAAGACCUCUCAGCAAUUGAUAGCCAAAAAUCCAGAGGCUCGCAUUGGUCAAUUUGUUACGCAUUUAGUACAACGUUACCAAACCGUAGCUAAGGGUCUGCAACAAUAUAUGGAUAAACUAAAUGAAACUGCCAAGGCCAAUGAUGAUUAUAAUGCUGCUCUAACUGAUGCCACCGAUUGGUUGUCAGAGGCUAAGGUUGAAUUCCAAGAAUUAGCUCGUAUGGGUUCGCCAGGUUCUUCCUCAGCCACUGCCCAACAAUUGCAGACAAUUAAGAAUUACUUGAAUACUUUCGAUAAUGGUCAAAUUUUGUUAAACAAUGCCGUGGACAUUGGUGAAGCCAUGUACACUUCAGUUACACCCGAAAACCGUGAAAAGAUUCGUGCUCAAUUAAGAAACUUGCGAGAAAACUUUGAUUACUUGCGUGACGAAGCAAAUGCCUUGAUGCAACAAGUUGAAGGUGUAUUGAUCCAGAAGACCACAAUUGAAGAAAGUUACACUCAAGUAUCACAUUAUCUCAAUGAAUCCAAGGCCAAGGCUGCUGCCAGUGAUGAAUUAUAUCCCACUUUGGCGGCCAAAAAGGCGGCUCUACAAAAUUACAAGGUUCAAUUACAAGAAGCCACUUUGCACAAGAAUGCUUUGAAACAGUUGCAAGAGAAGGCUGUAGCCUUGUGUGACGACGAAUCGGAACGUAAAACCGAAGAGUCCAUUAAGGAAUACAAUGAUUUGUCGAAGAAGAUUACCGAUAGAAUUGCUGUAGUUACAAAUCAAGUGGCCAAGCAUGAAGCUUAUGAUCAAGUUUUGGAAAAGGCACAAGAUUGGUUGAAUACCAUCAAAUCCGAAGCCAUUGAUAUUCUCAAUGAAACUACAUUCGAGAAGGAAGGCGCCGAAGAAAAACUUAUUGUUGUAGAAAAUCUUUUGCAACAUAAACCCGAAGGCGAUCAAAUAUUCGAAACCUGCCAACAACUUUUGAAUACUGUACUUUCACAGACACAUCCUACUGGACAUCCAGCUCUGUUGAAGAGUUUCCAAGAACCCAAAAAUGCUUGGGAUGAAUUUAUGGUUUUGUGUGAAGACUCUUUGGUUAAAUUGAAACAAUUGUGCUCGAAAUGGGAUGAAUUUGAAACUAUAAUCGAUGAAAUCGAUAACUGGAUGAAGGGUGUUGAGGCUGUUGUAAAGAAUCAAUCGCUUAAGAGUACAGCCGAAGCCAAGAAAGCCCAUUUGCAGCAGCUGUUGACAUUUGCCAAUGAUAUCGAAAAGAAAGCCAAAUCUAUUAAUAAUCUCAUGGAUCAAGGACGUGAAAUUGAAGGAGAAACUGAUUUAAAUCUUAAAUUGUCCCGUUUGAAUACCAGAUAUCAAACUUUAAAGAACCUCUGCAAAGAAUCGAUUGCCAAAUAUCAAAACUAUGUCAAAGAUCAUGAAGCUUUCGAUCAAGAAUAUGAAAAAUUCAAACAAGAAUUACAGUUGUGCAUUGAUGAAUUGGAAAAGAACAAAGAUGUAGUGGGCGAUCAAAAUCUUUUGCAAGAAAGACAAAACAAAUUGAGAGAUAUGUCGGACAAGAGAAUCAAUGAUGGUACAAUCUUUGAAAAUCUCAUAGAUAAUGGUGAGAAAUUGUAUGGUCAUACUAGUCCUGAUGGUCGUGAAAUUAUACGUCAACAAUUGAGAAAUCUACGCACUAUGUGGGAUAACUAUACGGAUGAUCUUAAUCAAGCUUCACAGAAAAUUGAUCAUUGUAUACUACAGUUUAAUGAAUUCUCCAUUGCCCAAGAUCAAUUGACUAAAUGGCUUAAGGAUGUCGAUAAGGCGAUGCAAAGUCACACCGAACCCAAGACAACUUUACAAGAGAAGAGAGCUCAAUUGCAAAACCACAAACUGUUGCAUCAAGAAAUCACCACCCACAAUGUAUUGGUGGACAAUGUCUGCGAUAAGGCUCAAGCUUUAGUGGAUCAAAUCAAGGAUAAUUCACUGAAUGUAUACUUGCAAUCUAUUAAACAAUUGUUCAAUAAUAUUGUACAAAAAUCCGAAGAAAUCCUUAACAAUUUGGAUGAUUGUGUUCAAAAACAUAAUGACUUAAAUAACCAAGUUGCUGCCGCUAAAGCUUGGAUUUCGGGCGAAAAAGCUAAACUCCUUGAAUGUGAUGAUGCCUAUGGCGAAAAGUCCGAUAUUAAACGCAAAAUCGAAACCUUGCGUCAUUUGGCUGAGAAUAAACCACAAGCUAUGAAAAUCGUUACUGAAAUUAGAGAACAAUUUGAAAAGGUUAAACCUUCAACUUCCGAGAAGGGCAAUGAAGUUCUAAAUAAGGAAAUUGAUGAAUUAGAAACCACCAUCAAAUCUCAUUUCGAUGAUAUUGAAGGUAUUGAAGGAAAACAGAAUGAUGUUUUGCAACAAUGGAAUAACUUUGAGCAAAAAUUGGACGAACUUACAAAAUGGUGCAGAUCGGCAGAAGCUGUGUUCCGCGAACAACAAUUGCAGUCGACAUUACACGAAAAGGUCGAACAGUUGGAGAAAUAUAAAAUACAAAGAGAUUUAAUUUUACAAAAAGAGAAGGAAAUUGAUGCCUUCGCUGAUGCUGCCCAUGCUCUGCUCAACAAUUGUGGUGCCGAUCGGUUGAAGACUUUAACUUCUCAAAUUACUAAUCGUUAUCAAUUGCUACAAGUACUAAGCAAGGAGGUGGUCAACAGAUGGUCUAACUUAGUCGAUGAUCAUCAGUUCUAUCAGGAUAAAUAUAACGAAGUUGACUUGUGGCUGCAACCGAUUGAAAAACAAUUGGAACAUGCUGAAAAAGAAGAUGCUUCCCAGGUUAGCAAUAUACUCCAAGUUUUACUCUCUGAAAAGGAACAAGCUGAAACCCUAUUCGCUGCUCUAAAUGCGGCUGGUGAAAAGGCCUUGCCUGAAACUUCUACACAGGGAAGAGAGAAGCUACGCAAGGAAAUGCGUGAUAUACGUGAUAGAUGGGAUAAAUUGGAUGAAGGUAUACGCAAUCUGCAAAAGAAACAGGAAGCCCAAACUGUCCAGCUCUCCAGCUAUCAAGAUAUUCUGGGACAAGUUGUCAAUUGGUUGGAUCAAGUUGAGAAGGCCAUACAGAAUGAAAAUCCAGCUACCUGGACUAGUGCCCAGGAAAUUCGUUCGAAAUUGUAUAAAUUCAAGACCACACAACAGGAUAUUAACUCACAUAAACGUAUAGUGGAAGCUGUUAAUGAAAAGGCCACCAUUUUGCAAAACACAACACAACCGGCCAAUGCUGCCGCAAUUAAACAGGCCGUCGACGAUGUUAACAAACGUUACGAAAAGGUUUCCAACGAUUGCAAUAAUCUUAUGCAAAAAUUGGAAGAAUCCUUUGAUGUUUAUCAGCAAUUUAGUGAAUUGCAAAAGGCCCAACAGGACUAUCAAAAGAACUUGUGGGAUCGUUUGACCAGCUACUCCGAAUACUCGGGCAAUAAACCAGCUUUACAGGCACGCUUAAGCAAGAUUAUCGAAAUUCAAGAUUUGCUACCGGAAGGUUCACAAAAACUGCAAACUUUAUCGGAUCACAUCGACAACAAUGCCAAGAUCCUACCGGCCCGUUCCAAGGAAGCCAUGACACGCGACUUGAGCAACUUACAUGCAGAUUUUGAGAAGUUCUCUGCUGCCUUAAGUGACGUUAAGAGUGGUCUCGAAAAUCGUCUCCAACAAUGGGGAGAUUAUGAAGUAAAUCUCGAUCAAUUGAUCUCCUGGUUGGCAGAAUCAGAAAACGCCCUGAAAAAUUACAAUCCCAAGUCUACUAUGGAGGAAAAAGAAGAUCAACUCAACAAAUUCCAAUCAUUGGCUCAUAACUUGAGACAAAAAGAAAUCGAAUUUGAGAAAAUUAAGGAUGAUUCUUCUGAGCUGAUACAAAGUUCUGGUGAAACUCGUAUUGCUGUCAAUGUCCAACAGGUCACUUCGAGAUUCCAGUCGAUACAGGCUACUACUAAGGAAAUCCUUAAGAAGUGCGAACAAGCUGUGCAGGAUCACAAUGCUUUCAAUGAAAAAUACAAGCAAUGUUCCGACUGGAUGGCAAGUGCCCAAGCUAAAUAUGAUGACAGCAGUGAUUUGGCUCAAGUGGGAACACGCGAAGAUUUGCUUAAAAAACAAAUUGCCUGUAAGGAAUUGUUGGCCCAACAACCAUCUGCAACAUUGUUGUUAAACAACACCAUUGAAUGCGGAGAAAAAUGCUAUCCAUCGACUGCCACCGAAGGUCGUGAGGCAAUUCGUUCACAAUUGGAGGAAUUGCAACAAACCUUUGACCAACUCUUCGACAAAAUCAACACUAACGCGAGAAAAAUUCAAGAUCAAAUGUCUAAAUGGUCUGGUUUUGAUGAAAUCGCCGAAAAGCUGCAAAACUGGUUGCUUAAUAUUGAGAAAACUGUACCCGCCGAAAUCGAACUCAAGACAACAUUGGAUGAAAAGAGAGCUAAAUUGCAAAAUUAUCGCGAUGCUCUCAACGACAUCAAUAAUCAUCAAGCUGAAAUUGGUAAUUUGCAAGAGAUUACCGCCAAUCUGCCCGAAAAAACUGAACAUGUUGAAGAAACCACAAAAGACAUUGUCGAACGCUACAACAAGGUGCAAAAGCGUGCUCAACAAUAUGUUGAAAAUUACGAAAGAUUUGUCAGUGCUCAUCAACAGUACUGCAAGGCGGUUAUGGAUGCUCAAGAGUUCAUUGAAUCUACUCAUAGCACCAUUGACUAUUGGGGAGAUUUGGACUUGGAACAGGUAUCUCUACACACCAAUUUAGAUCGUCUAAAGAAUUUGAAAUCGAAUUUGGCUGAUGAAUUCCCACGUGUAGAUCAAGUCAGAUCAUUGGGUGAAUUAGUUAUACCCGGUACGGUAGAAAGCGGCCAAGUUAAUAUUAAAUCUCAAAUAGAUAAUACCCAACAGGAAUGGGAAAGCCUUAUAGCUAAUCUUAACUCUACCAUUGAAGCAAUAGAGUUACGUUUGCAACAAUGGUCUGAUUACGAGCAAUUGCGUGAUCAAUGCUUGGCCUGGAUUAGAGAUGCCGACAACAAAUUACAUUCCGUUGACUUAAAGGCGAAAUUAGCCGAAAAGAAAACCCAAUUGGAAGAACUUAAGACUUUGCAAGGUGAAGUCAGAGCUAAGGAAUUGGAAAUCGAUAAUGUAUCUGAAAAGGCCCAACUACUAAUGAAGGGUCCUUCAGCCUCACGCAGCUCUGGACCUGAAUUGGUUACGAAAUACCAACAACUAUUCCACAAAGUCAAGGAACUUAACAAUCGUUGGCAACAAUAUGUCACUUCCCACCAAGAAUUCGAUAAUUCUAUAUCCGAGGUAACCGCCUGGAUUAACGGCAUUAAGGAGAAACUUGACUACUGCUCGGAUAUGUCUUCGAUGAAUCAAAAGGAAUUGGACAAAAAGUUGGCAACUAUCCAAGAUGUUACUCUUAUGAAAGAUGAGGGAUCCGCUAAGGUUUUGAGCAUCGUAGAGUUGGCACAAAAUGUUUUGGCCAACACCGCUCCCAACGGUCAUGAUGCCAUCAAUAAGGAAUUGUCCGAUUUACAAGAUCUUUGGUCUUCGAUUGCUUUACGUAUUGUUGAUGUUAAGGGUCAAUUAGAUGAUUCCAUUACACAAUGGUCUGGUUUCUUGGAACAAAUACAAAACGUUAACAAAUUUAAUGAUUCUAUGGAUGCUACGCUCAAGGAACUUUCUGAAUAUCAAGCAACAAUGCCCGAAAAGAGAGCACAACUAGAUCGCAUUAAGUCGACCGAAGAAAAGGUACGCAUGGAGAAAAUCGAUGUGGAUUCGUUGAAAUCACAAGCUAAGGAUAUGAUUGCUAGUGGUCAACAGAGUCAACAAGCCUUCCAAGCCCAAAAGGUUUUGGAUAGAUUUGAUGAAUUGGCCGCUAAGGCAGAAAAACUACUAACCGAGAGACAAGAUCAAUACAGAGACCACAGGCUAUACAAGGAAGCCUACGAUGAUUUGGUCAGUUGGAUUAGCAGAGCCAGAGAGAAGUUCCCCUCAUUGAAGCAGAGCAGUCUCAGCGAUAAAUUGGCCAUUGAAAAUGCCGUACAAGCCACUGAGAAUAUGUUGAAUAAGCAAGCUCAAGGCGAAUUAUUAGUUGAACACUUGACCCAUACAGGUGAGGUGGUAAUGUCGAGUACUUCACCUCAAGGUCAAGAAAUUAUUCGCAAUGACAUACGCUCUCUCAGAGAUAGCUUCGAAUCAUUGUUCCGUGACAUCAGCUCCCAAAAGGAGAAUCUAGAAGAAACCAUGAACCAAUGGAGAGCCUACAAAGAGGAAUAUGAACGUCUCAUGGAAUGGUUGCAGCAAAUUGAUAUUUUAGUUAAGAAUCACAAGUUGAACUUAUUGCCCAAUUUGAGAGAAAAAGAAAAACAAGUUGCCGAUAUGCGUGACAUUAUGGGCCGACUCGAAAAGGGUAAAGGAGAUAUCGAAAAGUUCAAUAACUCCGCUGCUGGACUUUUGAAAUCACACUUGGAUACCUAUGUCAAUAAUCAGUUGAGACAUUUGAAUUCAAUGUAUCAAGUACAAGUCAAUUUGGCUAAAGAUGUUUUGAAAAAGGUCGAAACCAAUUGCGAACAACAUCGUGAAUUUGAAGGUAAUCUGCAAAGCGCUAAGGAUUGGAUUAAUCAUGCCAAGGAUGUGAUUAGAGAAGCAAGUGAAUCUUCUAGCGCUGGUUCUAAGGAGUUGCUUGAAAAGCGUUUGGAAAAGAUACAGACACUUAUACGUAACCGUGAAGUGGGACAGAAUCUGGUGCAUACCGCCAUUAAUAAUGGUGAAAAGGUGGUACGUAAUACCCGCUCCGAUGGACGCGAUGCUAUUAAUAACGAAAUGAAGGAAUUGCAAAACGAUUGGGAUCGUUUGGUUAAGAAAAUGUCCACCGCCAAGGUUCAAUUGGAGACUAAUCUUUUGCAAUGGGCUGACUACAGCUCGAGCUAUACCCAAUUACAGAAAUGGAUUGCCGAUAGAGAAUCUAAAUUGCAGCAGGCCUGCGAACAAAAGAUACACAAAUCCAAGGGUGCUCCUAGACUUAGCAGUGGUUUGAGUGAACGCAAGGCUAACUUGCGUCAAACCAACAAUAUUGUCCAGGAUAUAGUGUCCUUCGAACCUAUGAUCCAAUCGGUAACAUCCAAGGCCUCUGAUUUGCAACAAGGUGCCCCAGCCUCUGAAAUAUCCAACAAAUACGAAACUCUCACCAAACAAGCUAUGGAAUUGUAUGAAAAACAAAAGAAUACUAUUGAUCAAUACCAAGCCUUCAUUGAUUGUGGCAAUGACUUUGCCACCUGGUUGCGUAAUGCUAAGGAACGCUUGAGUAAAUGUUCCGAACCCACCGGUGACAAACAAGCUUUGGCCGAAAAGACUCAUCAAUUGAAGAUUCUACAAAGCGAAGUACCCGAGGGACAAAAGAAACUGGAGGCUGCUUUAGCCCAAGGCGAAAAGGCCUGCAACGAGGCAGAACCCGAUGAUAGAGAAGUUAUUGAACAGGAAGUGGCGCUAUUGCAAGAAGAAUUCGACACCUAUGUAGAUAAUCUUAUGAAAACUAAAGAUUACUUGGAAAUGGGUAUUGUUAAAUGGUCCGAUUAUCAAGAUCAAUACACUGAAGCUUUGGACUGGUUAACUAAAACCGAAGCUUUGGUUCAGUCCUACAAUAAAUUACAAGAGAAUCUUACCCAAAAGAAGGUGGUGCUGGAAGAAUUCCAAGGUCACUUGCAAACCCUAUUCGAUUGGCAAAAGACUUUGGAUCAUUUGAAUAUGAAGGCCCAAAUGUUAUUGGAGACAUGCUCUGAUACCAGAAUUAGUAACGCCAUUAUGCAGUUAACCACCAAAUACAAUGCCCUAUUAACCCUGGCCAAGGAGGUAAUGCGUCGCUUGGAAAUGCACUAUCAAGAACAUCAACAACAUCACACUCUCUAUGAAGAAUGUCAAUCGUGGAUCGAACAAACUCGUGAGAAAUUACAACAAUGCGAAAUUAUACCCGGUACUUUGAAUGAAGUACAAAUCAAACUGAAUACCGUUAAGAAUCUUAGACAAGGUUUCGAAUCGGGUCAAAAUAAGUUACGCUAUCUGUUGGAACUUAAAGAAAAGGUUAUAAUGAACACGGAACAGAGUGGUGCCGCUAAAAUACAAGAAGAUACGGACACUUUGAAACAGGACUACGAAGAUUUGCUUAAUCAAAUGAACGAUGUUAAGCAGAAGUUAAUGAAUCGUUUGGCCAAAUUGGAGGAAAUCUUUAAAAUGUAUAAACUUUUGCAAGAAUGGCUGGAAGAUGUGGAACCCUCAUUGAAAACAUCCGAUGAAUUCUUAAAUGAUUUGAGUGAAAAACGUGCUGCCUUAGAGAAAUUCCGUGCCAUACAAAGAGAUUUCAAUGGACACAGUGAUAUGGUGGAGAAGAUAAAUAAACGUUUGUCCGAAGACAAUUCACUGGAUCGUAAUGAUUUUGCUGCUGGUUUGAAUAAAUUCGAUGAGCUGCAACAAAAGGUUAAUGCCAUUAUUGAAUCGUUGGAAAAUCAAGUUAAUAAUCAUGACAAGUAUAAGCAAUCGCUUAACGAACUUCAGGAAUGGCUGCGCAAUACUAGAAUUGAAAUUGAACAAUGUUCGAAUUGUCAUGGCGAAAAGCAACAGGUUGAAGAGCGUCUCAACAAAUUGGGUGAUAUUGAUUCGAGCAUGAUUACUGGCAAAUCCUUGCUAGAUGCUUGUCAAGAGCUAUCUCAAGCUGUUAUUAGUACUAGCGGUAAUGAAGGCCAAGAUAGUGUAACUCAAGAAAUUAAACAUUUAUCUGAAGAAUGGAAUGCCGUACAGGCCAUGUCCCGUGAUGCUAGAUCUAAUCUUGAGUCGGCUCUUAAUGCCUGGUCUAGUUUCUUGCAGAAAUUCAAUAAGAUCAAUAAAUGGAUUGAAGAUAUAACGCAAAGAGUUAACCAUGCCAGCGAAACUGAGAAUAAAACUCCCGAACAUUUGGUUAAUGCCAAGAAACUUCUUGAAGAAGUUGUGGCCGAAAAGGAUAAUGUUGAAGAUUUAAAUGAUGCCUGCGAAUUGCUAAUGGAACAUAGUGCCUGCUCUCGAGUUCGUGAUCAAACUGUUGAUACUCAAGCCAAUUAUACCAAAUUGUUAACAUCUGCUCAAGGUUUGGUUUCUAAGAUCGAAAAGAAUUUGUCCGAUCAUACGGAAUUCCUUAAUUAUAAAAAUGAAAUGGAUGCCUGGAUUGAAAAGGCCCAACAGAUUUUGGAUAGCUGCAAUGGUGAUGAUGAUGUACAAAAGUUGGCCCAACAAAUCGAAACUGUCAAUUCCUUAUCACUACGUUUGCCCGAGGGUCAACACCUUUUGGGUAUGGUACAAGAUGCCUAUUCCAAGGCCUCCAAUGUCUUGCCCGAAGAUAAACAAGAAAAACUACGUGAUCUUAUGACUAAAGUACGCGAAGACUGGGAUGCAUUGGGUGUAGCUAUCAAACAGAAAUUGAUUGAUUUGAAACAAAAACAAUCACGUUGGUCGGAUUACUCGGUCAAUAUGGAGAAAUUAGAGAAAUGGCUUAAUGAAGUUGAAACCACACUGAAAACUCAACCCGAUACUAAGGGAGAGUUUAGUGAGAUGAAAACACAAUUGGAACGUUACAAAUCACUGCAGGGUGAUAUUAAACUCAAAGGUUCCGAAUUGGAAAAUCUCAUGGCAGAAGCUAAAGAAUUGGCCACCGAUCUUGAUGAUGUUCAUCGUUUGCAAGCCAGAUGGGAUAAGGUUAAAAAUGAUUGUGCCAAUCACAUUAAGAACUUGGAAGGUGAAAUUAACGAUUACACUUCAUAUCAUCAAGCUUUACAAGAUAUAGAAAAAUGGCUUUUACAAAUAUCCUUCCAAUUGAUGGCCCACAAUUCCCUAUUCAUUUCGAAUCGUCAACAGACUCAGGAACAAAUCAAACAACAUGAAGCUUUACUAGAUGAAAUACAAAAAUAUCAAUCGAAUAUUGAUGAACUCAAUGCUAAGGGUAAAAUGCAAAUAAAACGUUACGAAACUACUACUCCGGCCAUUAGAGAUACCGUCGAGUCGCAAUUGAAGAAUAUACAGGACAGUUAUAAUUCCCUGCUGCAGACAUCUGUACAGAUACGCAAUCGUUUGCAAGAGUCUUUGGCUAAAUUCCAAGAAUAUGAAGAUACUUUGGAUAGUAUUAUGCGUAACUUGGAGGAAUAUGAACCCAUUAUACAAACCGAAUUGGAUGCUCCGGCCACUACUUUGGAAAUGGCCCAAAAUCAAUUGAAAUGUGCCCAAAAUAUGCAAAAUAAAUUGAAUAAUGAAAAGUCUAGAUUGGCUAGUGCAGUUCAAGCUUGUGAAGCUGCUACCGCUUCCAUAAGUAGACCCAGCUCACCUUUGGAAACAGCCAUGCAAGUUAUACCCGAACGUGAACUUAUAGUGCGCGCUAAACUUGAAGAUUUGUUGGAUCAGAUACCCAGUAAAAGAACUCUAAACUCAACUAAGGAUAAUGACGUUUCAGUCGAUGUUGAGCUUUCUGAAGUUAAUGAUAUUUUACUGGAUGCUGUAGCUCAUGAGCGUAUAGAAAAUUUCAAACAAAUUAUACGUUUAAAUUUUAAACUUUGUGAACGUUUAUACGCUCUCAACACUAAGGUACAAUCACACUUAGGAGGAUUGAUUGCUUCCGUUAGUGAACUAGAACAACAGCAAAAACAACGCGCCGAAUUGGGUGAUUGGAUUAAGAAACAACAAGGUUCUGUUAACGAUUGGUUAUCACGUCCUUGUAAAUUACGUCCCGAAGCUGCUAAACAAGAAUUGGCCACAAUGAACGAUUUAUUGGGAUCGAUUGGUGAUAAACGUUCUCAAUUAUUGCUCGAUAUGACUGGAUCGCUUGCCGAUGAUGACACCGAUCUCGAUGACAAUAUCGAUAAGUUGGAAUCUCAACUUAUGGAUGCUAUUGCCAAGAAACAAGCCGGACAAAAUGUUAUUGAUGGCUAUCGUCAGGGUGUACAAGAUAUGCAGAAUUGGUUCGAUAAUCUUAUCAAACGUAUGGAUGUCUUAGACAAGGGAUCUGGCUUAAAUUGUGCCCAAAAGAUGGCCGCCAUACAGGAGAUACAAAAUGAAUUUACCCAACAGGGACCACAAAAACUGCAAGAACUUAAGGGUAAGGCAGCUCAAGUAGCAGAUGUUAUUAGCAAUUUGGAUGGACAGCAAGUAGAAGAACAAAUGAAAUCUUUGGAUAGACGUUAUGCCGAUUUGGGUAAACGUCUUGAACGCAAGGCUCAAUUGUUGGAUGUUACCAAUAAGGGUGUAGAAGGUGUUAAGGGUGAAAUUGAUCAAUUGCAAAAUUGGGUCAAGGAUAAAAUCCAAGAAAUACAAGCACCUACAACCAUGGGCUUUGAACCCAAAUCAGCUGAAGCCAGACAACAGGCUAUUAAGGCUUUGAUGAAGGAUGCCGAAAGCAAACAAUCAUUGGCCGAUGCUCUCGAAAAGAGAAUUGGCAAUAUGCAACCGGAAUUGGAACCUGCUGAAUAUGCUCAACUAGAAUCGGCUUUGCGAAAUCUACACAGUGAUCAUAAGAAUCUAACUGACGCCUUGAAGGGUGAAAUGGAUAAGGCUUUGGAUGCCACCAAGGCUCGCAAGGCUUUGGAAAAUGAUUUGGACAAGGCUCGCAACUGGUUGAAGAGCAAAAUUGCUGAGGUUAGAAAACUGCCCGUCUAUCAUCCUCUUACUUCGGCUGAGAUAGAAAAUAAACUUUUGGAAAAUAAGAAAUACGAUGAGGAUGCCAAACAAUUCAAUGACAGUGUCUUGAGCGAUAUUCAACGUCAAGCAGCUAAUAUCUUGAAGGAUUGCUCGGAUGCCGACAAGGCUGCCUUACAAAAGAUUCUAGAUGAAAUCGAUGCUGAUUAUAAGACACUCAAGGAUGAAAGUGGUAAGAGAGCUACAUCUUUGAAUGAUCUUUUGCAAGGACGCAAAGCAUUUGAGGAUUCAAUGAAGAAAAUGGGUGAUUGGUUGAAUGAAAUGGAAACUGCCACUGAGGGAGAAUUGAGAACUUCCAGUCUACCUGUUUUGGAAGAACAAUUGGCCCACUAUAAGAAAUUGAUGGAUAAUGCCAACGGUAUGGGUGGUCUUAUGAAUGACAUUAACGAGCAGGGUAAGAGCAUUUUGCCUACCUUAAGCAACCCAGACAAACUUAAGCUUAAUGAAGAUAUCAAGAAUAUGAAGGAUCGUUAUGGUAAGAUCAAUCAAUGUUUGGGCGAUCGUGUCAAUACCUUGGAAGAUCAUAUCAAGAAAUACAAGGAUGCUAAGAGUAAAUUAACCGAAUGCAUGGACUUCUUGAAUACCGUACAACAGAGAUUGAGAGAUCUUAAUAAACCAGUUGGCUCGAAAAUCGAAGAUGUCCAAGAGUUGUUGGGUGCUUACGAAGGCAUUCUUAAGGAAUUAAAGGAUAGCAAACAGAAAAUGGGCGAUAUGAAGGUGGAUGAUUUGCCUGAAUUGCAAAGUAUUCUGGCCCAACAAGACGAUAUGAUCAAGUUGAUCGAAGAUCAAUUAGCUCAUUUGAGACAAUUGUUGCUAUUGCGUGAACAAUUCAUUUCGUUGAUCAAUGAAAUCAUUGCCUUUAUCAUGAAAUAUACCGAUGUUAUUAUUGAUAUUGAAAAUGCUCCCGAUAGUUUGGAGGAGAAAAUCACCAAAUACGAUGAUGUCAUUGUUAAGAUACAAGAAUGUGAGGGUAUUUUAGCCUCGGCCACCGAUAAGGGUCAAAAGAUUGCGUCUGAAGGUACAGCUGCCGAUAAGAAUUCCAUUACCGAACAAUUGCAAUCGCUGAAAAACCAAUUGGGCAAUCUACGCAAAGCGGUAGAACAACAAAGACAAAAACAUCAAAUUCAAUUGGAACAUCACAAGAAAAUGGCUGCUGAACUUUCGGAAAUUCUCGACUGGUUGCACAACAAUGAGGGCAAUGUUAAAUCUAGACCCUUGCUCGAUCGUGAUCCCGAUUCGGUUGAACAUGAAUUGCAGAAACAUCAAAAACUUAGCGCCGAAGUUAAGGAAUAUCUUGACAAGUUUAAUAAGAUCAAUAACGGCAUUAAAUCCGAGGUUGGCAUGCCUAGCUCUUUAAUAGAAAUGUUAUCCGAAGGUCGCUCUCUAGUAUCUUCACUUCCCCAAGAACUGGAAGAACGUGAAAAAUACUUGCUUAACAAUCGCAAUUCACGUUUGGAAUUCAUGAAACUUGUUUCCAAAUUCAAGGAUUGGUUGCAUGAAGCCGAAGAUCGCUUGCAAUUGGGUAAACAUGGCAUCGACUAUGAGAAUCUGGUGCGCGAUUUAGAAGAACAUAAGAUCUUCUUUGGCAAUGAACAACCCAUACGCAAUUUGGUCCAUAAACAAAUACAAGAUGCUGCCGAUAAAAUCUGGCCUUCCCUUAAUAACUAUGAACAAUCUGAAUUAUCUGCUGAACUAUCCGAUAUGCAAACUAAGUUGACCAAUAGCUUGGCUCAGGCUAAAACCCAACAAGGUGAACUGGAAAAGGAACAUGAUCGUUGGCGUGAAUAUAAGCAAUCGGUUGAACGUGUUAAGGCCACCAUUGAACGUUCGAAAUUCACCGAUGAACCUGUGCAAAACUUGGCUGGAGUUCAUUUCAAUAUUCAAAAAUUGACUCAUGCCAUCGGUAAUAUUCAGUUGGUUUUUUUUGUAUUUGAACAGGAAAUACUUGGUGAAUCUGAAGAACUUAAAUCAUCACAUAAAGAUAUUGAGGCGCUCUCAAAAUCAAUCGUCACAUUCCUUAGGGAAGUACACCAACCCUCGGCGGAGGCCAUACAGGCCAAAUUGGAUAACUUAGUUAAACAACAAAACGAAUUAAACGACUCUCUGAAAGAAAAGGAUAGUCAGGUUGGUCGUGAUUUGGAAGAAAUUGAGGCCAUUUUCCAUAAAAUCUCUGCUUUGCAAGAUAAAUUCAACAAUUUGUUGGACGACAUACACACUGUACAUGCAUUUGAUGAGAACAUUAUAAAAACCGAAACUAAACUUCAAGAAUUGGAACAACAAGUUUUAGCAACACUUAAAGAAGCGCAACAUUUAAUAAAACAAACCAAGGAAUCAUAUAUAAAGAAACAAAAUCUAAUACCCAGUGAUAUUGAUCAAGAAUUUACGGCAUUAGAAUUGUUAUCGGAACGUGUACAGGGCAAUAUGGAGGCGAAACAAAAAGAAUUCAAACGGGCCAAAACCGUACGUACAGACUAUUUGGCGGGCGUUGAUGAGAUACAAAGAUGGUUGAUGCAAGCUGAAAUGGAAGUACAAGAUCGUACGUUGGCGCCGGCACAAAUGAAAGAACUAUUACAUCGUAUAAAUCAAGAGAUAACUGGCAUCUAUGAACGUUUUACCAUGGUCAAAACAAAUGGUCAAUUGAUCAUAGACAAUUGCCGCAAUAGUGAAGAGAAACUUUUGGUACAGACAACCAUUGAUCAAUUGGCACAACAGUUGGGUCAAGUACGUGCCUGGUUAGAUGAAAAGAAACAACAAGUUGGCGAUAGUUUAGAUGCCUGGUCAAGAUUUAUGAAUCUCUAUCAGAUUGUUAUGUCUUGGGUGGCCGAUAAGCGUAUAUUCUUGGAACAGACAAUAGAAUUGAAAACCUUGCCCGAAGCACGCAGUAAAUUGAAUGAUUAUAUUGUGGCUGUGAAGAGUAUUAAACCGAUUGUUAAGAAUUUAAGUGAAAUGGAUAAAGAAUUGGAACAUAUCAGUCAGGUAACGACUGUGGGAGAUCUCAAGGAUAAAUUACAAGAAGCAGAAGAGGCCAAAUUAUCAGUGGAAGCGAUCUUAAUCGAAAGGAACUCCUUGUUGCAAGAAGCUUGUGAAGAAUGGGAUCAAUGUGAACGUAAAAUUAAGGACAUACGCAGCUGGAUAGAAAAGACCAAACAAUCUAUGGAAUCACCACAACAUAAAAAGAAACCAUUAAGAGAUCAAUUGGGCUAUGCGGAAAAAACUAUGGGCGAUAUUAAUGUACAGAAAACUAAAUUAAGACUGUCAAUUGAAAAGCUAGAGGUUCACUUCAAGAAUGGCAUGGGUGGUGAUCCACGUUUAAGUGAAAAUGUUGAUGAACUAUUAAAGGAUUUAGAUGGUUUGGCUGUAGGUGUGAAAACUAAAUGCUCUAGCCUUGAGGAGACUCUACAACAAAUCGAUAUUUAUCAACAGCAAAUGCAAAAUCUUAGACAAAAGAUUAUACAAGAAGAACAACAAUUGAGACUGGUUAUGGCACCCACCUAUUUGCCACAUGAACGUGAGCGUGCUUUGGCCGAGCAACAGAUAAUCCAAGAGAAUCUAGAAUAUCAAGAACAGGAAGCCCAAAGACUUAAGACUUUAAGGCAGACAUUGCCAACAGAUCCAGCUACAGAAAGACUACUAAAUGAAAUUACCGAUCGUAUAGAUCUACUAUUGAGACGUACCCAACAGGGAAUAACCAUGAUAGCGAACGCCUCGCAUGCCCAAAAGAAACGCACCCAAGAAUUGGAAGAAUAUCAAAUCCAUUUGGAACAAAUCGAAAUUUGGAUUAAAGAAGUUACACAAGAGCUUAAGAGUUUAGAACUAACUGCUGAUAGUCCUCAAGAUGAACCCACGCUGAAGGCUCAAGUCGAAAAGAGUCAACAGUUAUUGCGUACUUUGAAGGAACGUCAACAAUCUUUAGAAGAUUUGGUGGAAAAAACUAAACCUUUAUUGGCUCAUGAUGAUGUUGCCGAACUGGCUAAUAACUUAGUAGAACAAUUACAAUAUGUUAUUGUUAUACUAAGAGAACAAAUAACAGUGGCCACUAAACGUAUUUAUACCAUUGAAACGAGAAUCGUUGAAUUAAGACGUACGAAACAGGAGGAAGAACAACGCAAGAGAAUUUUGGCUGAACAACAAAUACAACCACCUACACGACAAACCGAGGAAUCUGUAGAAUCAAAUGCCAGCACUGUAGACUCCAGUCCAAUGCCUGAAGAAGAGGUGUUACCACAGACUGGCCAUACUGUUGAAACGCAAACUUCAGCUAGCUUGGAAAUGCCUAAAGAAGAGCCUAAGGAAUACGCUACCGUUGAAGCACAAACCAGCUUUGCUGCCAGCGUAACAGUUCCUGUGGAAACUGCCGAAAUGUCCAUGCAAACUCAAAAGAUGGUGAAACCAACUGAAAACAUUACAAUCACACAAAUCCAAAAACAAGAUGGUGAAAAACUUAUACAAAUCGAUACAGUGCCAAAUGUUGAAGUGCCCGAUGUACCGGAAAAUGUUGAAAUUGAAGCACGUUAUCAUCAAAAACCGCAACAGGAUGUUGAAAGAUCUACUGAGUUGAUAUUGAAAAAUGUGCCAGAAGUUUUCGAAACUACAUUUGUAGAGCCAGAUGAAACUACUACAGAAGUUGUUGUGGGUCCAGAUGGUACUAAGCAUAUCAUUCUAAAGAAAAUCACUCGUACACGGCAACAAAUUGUACAGCAACAGCAAGUGUCUUCGCUUGAUACAGUUACAGAUGCCGAUGGUAAUAUACAAGUUCAAUCAACUGAUCAAGUAAAUCUGGAAAAUAUUCAAACUGUAGAGAAGACACAUGAUGAUAAGACUGGCUAUACAACUGUUAUUACACAACAGACACGUGGGACUUUGGUGGAUGGUUCAAAUCCGGAAACUGUUAUAAUUCAAGAAUUUGAAACACCACCAGUUGUAGAGAAAUAUGAGGAAUUGCAUUCGCCUGAGAUAGAAAUGCAAGGUGUGCCAUUGCAUGAAGGUGAUGUAGCCUAUUUGGAUCCACAAAACUUAGGUCUCAUUGAAGGCUCCACACAGGGCAGUAUUAAAGCUGUUGUACAACAAGUUACCCGUAAAGUUAUACGCAAAACACGUAAAAUCAUCAAGCGUAUUGUGGUAAUCGAUGGCAAAGAACAUAUCACCGAAGAAGUUGUUGAAGAACCCGAAGAAAUCGAAGUUAAUGAAGAACAAAUGCCACCCGAAAUCAGUGUUAACAUUGUGCGCACUGUCAAUGGCAAAGUGGUAAGCGAGGAGGAGUACGAACGCCUUAUGCAACAACCUAGUGUUGUUGUACAGGAAAUAUCUACAGAUAUAACCGAUGGUACACGCACAACUCCCUUACAGGUAUUUAAUAUUGAUUCUACCACUUUGACCACUACAACAACAACCACCACUGAACCACACGAAACACAACAGCAACCAGAACAAGAACAGCCAAAACAAACAACAGAAACAUCCGAACGUCCAACUCAAGCACCCAAAGUAGAAAUUGUUGACAUAUCUGCACCUAAAGUAGAAAUUGAACAAGUUGUUGACACUGUAGUUAAAACACCAACUGCUGAUGUCGUCUCAACAAAAUCCGAUGAAAUUGUUUCAGUUGUAACAAUUGAAAAGGACGAACCUAUAGUUGAAGACCUCCAAGAAAUAUGGCCGGUACAACAUCACCUACAGCCAACAGAUAUUGAAUUUUCUAAACAUACAGAAUCAGUUGCACAACCAGUUGUUGCUGAUGUCGUGCGCGCUACACAAUUACCCGAACAAAUCUGGCCUCUAAAUGAUGAAACUGGUUAUUCGGUUAAUUUAGAUAAUUAUGAAUUUGAGAAACAUAUUCAACAGCACAUAGAAGAAGAAGAUGAACAACCCAAAACAUUUACAAUUAUACCAGCUGAUGAAGAAGAAAUUGUCGUUUCUAAACCAGAAGUUGAAACAGUAUUAAUUCCAGAGGAAACUAUGGUCAAACAGGAGAAUAUUGCAUCCGUUGAGAAGGCAACUAUAUGUUCUCCCAAAUCAGAAGUUGAAAAAGUAUUAACACCAGAGGAAACUAAGGUUAAACCAGAUGAAAUUGUCUCUACUAAACCAGGAGAAGUUGAGGAAAUUCAUUCUCCUAAAUCAGAAGUUGAAACAGUAUUAACACCAGAGGAAACUAGGGUUAAACCUGUUGAAAUUGUUUCUACUAAAACAGAAACUGUUAGCGAAACUCUUUCUCCUAAAUCAGAAGUUGAAACAGUAGAAACCCAGAUAAAACAAGAAGAAAUUGUCUCUACCAAACCUGAAACAGUUGAGAAACCCCAGAUAUUGGAUACUACAACCGAACCAAAUGAAAAAGUAACUAAAGAUACUGAAGAGACACAUAUAACAGAGGUUACAUCUGAUCAACCUGAUACUGCAAUUGUUAAGACCACAAUCGAAAGAACUGUAUCAACUGAAGAGAAACCUUUAAGAGAAACUAAAGAAGUUACUGAAUCCGCAAAACCAGAUGCAGUUGUUGAGAAAACUCCUGAAAUGGCCACUAUAACAAUUGUAAAAACCACUACCGAAACAAUUUUGCCCGGCGUAGAUAAACCAGUAACGGAAAGUGAAGAAUUUGCACAUCAUCUAUCCAAAACGCCAACCGAUGAACCUAUUGAAUCUCCAUUCCAAACUGAUGACUCUGUAGUUAGCGCUUCCAGUGAAGAUAUACUCAUUGGUAAAGCACCGAAAGAUAAAACAAAAUUGGAUAUAAAAGCCACUACACAGCUUUUUAUUUCGGGCGAAGCUACUGCAACUCCUAUAACAAUGUCCGCACCAUCAAUUGAAGGCAAUGGAUCAAGUGUUCUUAAGGUUACACUACCCGAGACAGAAGGCUUUGAAUUAGCUAACGUACCAGCUAAAAUGUCUUUGACUAUUGUAGAAACUGGUACUACCGAAGAACCUGUCGUUGAGGCUGAACAUGAUACCAAGCGAAGUAAAAAGAAAAAGAAGAUAAAAGAUCCCACGCCACCGGUUGUGGAGCCCAAACCAAUUAAGCAUUUAACAGAAAGUGAAGAACUGGCAGCGGUCUCUGAAGUUCCUCACGAACCAAAACAGGAAACUCCCAAAGAAGAAGUUGUAACUGAAGAACCUUCAACACAGCUUGAAGAAAGCUCUGCAGCUUCUGAAAUUGGUUAUGAACCUGAAGAUAAAACUAUCGAUGAAGAACAACAGGCCGAAGAAGGGAAGAAGAAAAAACUCAGUAAAAAGAGACAACCCCUUAAGGUUUUGGAUGAAGAUGACACGCACAUGGCUUUGACUUCCUUGGAAACCGAUGAUGAUAAAUCGGAAAGUUUGAAGUCCGAAGGAAAACUUUUGCAAGAAUCUGUUUUAGAAAUCAAACCAGACAGUGAAGUAUCCAGUAUCUCUAUAGAUGAAACAGUUAAAGUCGUUGAAGAAGCUAUAGUGUCACCCGAUUCUGAAUCACCCCGUGAGCCUGUUAAGGAAAUCGUUAAGCCUGUAGAUGUUAUAGAACUAUCCUAUGUUAAGGAUGAAGAACAGCAAACUACACCGCGCCAAGAGCCCAAAGAAGAAAAGCUUGAAGUUCCAUUAGAGCUCGAGGUUAAGGAAGUUCAAACAUCACCAGAGCCUCCAGUGCUACAAGAAGAAGUUUCCAUACAAACCACACCUAAUAACAGUGAAUCGGAAUCUCAAACCAAUAUUGUUAAAGUCAAUGAAACCGAAGUGCAAACAGAUGUGUUGGAAGAGGUAAAGCCCGAAGCAACUGUUGUCAUACCCACCACAACUUCCGAAGUUCAAACUGAGGAUAUGCAAACUAAACCAGAGAUGUCACACACCUCUAGUCAAACGUUUGUUAUAACAACUUCGGAACAGGAACUACAAACAACACCACAAGUUACGACCACCGAACCCCAAGUAUACACAAGUGAUAUUGUUAAUCCACUUGUUAAGGAGUUUGUUAGUGAUAUUACAUUCGAUUUGCCCGAAAAACAAACUGAGACUAAAGAACAUGCCACUCUAACGGAAACGGUAGCUGCGCCACAAGAAAUGACAGAUGUACCAACUCAAACAUCGCUUGUUGAAAUAACUCCAACUGAACAAACGGAUCAACAAACUUCCACAAUAGAGUUUGUGCUAACAACCACAACCGAUACACAAACCUCACCCAGAGAAGAAAUUCUUGAAGUGAAGGAGCCAAGUUUGGAAGAUUUCUCCGUAACGUCGACAGAGCCCUAUGAAUUGGAGAUACAAACAACUGUUACCAUACCACCAGAGUCAGAUGAUUCGGAAAGUCAACCCAUUGUAUAUGAACAUAUCGAAACAAUUGAACAUCCUAAGAGUAAAGAAGCAAAGGAUGAUGAAACAAAUGUUUGUGUUCAUUUGGAGUUCGGUGAAGAUAAGACAGUGGAACCGAUAGUAACUGUACAAUCUGCCGAAAAGAAACCCCAAGCAGUACAAUUGCAGAUAACGAAAACCACGGUAAUCGAAGAGUUCCCCAAUUUACCGGCUCAUGUCAGCGAACAGAGCAAGGUUAGCAUCUCGUCUCAACAAAGUUCCAAACCACGUAGCCGACCUACCUCAACUGUUACCAUCGAAGAGGUUACUUCACCUACUGAAGAAAUUGCAGUUCCAAUAACACCGGGACCAGAUAAUAUGCCAGACGAAAGCAAUAACGAAAGCAUAUGGAUGAGUGCUGCUACCAUAGCACCUAGAGAGCAAUCUGUUAAGGAUGGUUCUCAAGCAUUAAUCAUGUCAGAAAGUCUAUUGCAUUAUCCUGGUCAACAAACAAUCAUUAUCGAAAGACCUGAUGUUUGGGCCAAGACCAAGCAAUCUAUUGGAGGUAGAAUCACUCAGAAGAAAGAAGUUGAAAUUCAACCAACUCCACUUAGCAAUGUCUUGCAUUUAGCCACCCUCUCACAUGAAAUUCAAGAAAUACCAACUGAACAAAGAGUUGAAGAAGUAAAUGAAAGUUUGAAUGACCUAGAGAAAGCUGUUAACAGCGGUGAUGAAUUGAAAAUUCAAACAACUGUUAUUACAGUUAUUGAAAAAAUAUCCACCUGGUUAGAAACCAUUGAGUAUCGUGUUUAUUUGAUUAGACAACAAACUAAUGAUGGUCCCUCCGAAGAAAAGCUCAAGAGUUACAAUGAUCUAAACGAAGAGCUGAAUACGAUUGGUCAAAGUGUAAACCAUUUAGAGGGACAUUUGGCUAAAACGAACACCAUCAAUCAGCCUGAAGUACAACAAUGUUUGGAUACUCUUAAGAUGCACAUUAGUGCUGUUGAGGAAAAAACCCAAGACAAUCAAAAACAAGACGUAAAAGAUCUUGAAAAAUGGAAUAACUUUUUGGUAUUGGUACAUCGUAUAUCGGGACUUUUGGAAGAUCUACAGGAUCGUUAUGAAGUUAUUGUCAGUCAUGAUAGUACUUUGAAACAGAAACUUACUUCACUAGAAGAACUGGAACGGCAGAACAAUGAUACAAUUGCUCAAAUUUCUCAACUUAUGUUAAAUGCUAGAGCCUUCCAAAGAGAUUUUCCUGGCAAGAAGGUACCACAAGAUAUCUACACUGCCUACGAGUCUUGUCGCAAUAUUAACAACAACAUUAUUGCCGAACGAGAUCGUCUUUUGCAAUUGCAAGCUUUGGCCGAUGAAUACGAACAAACCUUGAAAGAGUUCACCAAUAUCACCGUCUUGGCUGAUAAACUGGUAGAAGGUCCCAUAAUAUCCAGCACCUUGGAACAAUUAAAUAAUGAAGUUCAAAAACAUCGUAAAUUCUUUGUCAAUCUUAGUCAUUGCCGUGCUAUGUUGGAAUCGUUGGAGGAGAAUAUAGACAGUGAAACAAGAGAGAAGCAUUCAGAAUUACACAAAGAGUUAUACAAUAGAGCUAAUAUUCUAUUGGAGAAGGCUUCUGAAAGGUCUUCCAAACUAGUGCAGGCCGCCUCAAGAUGGACUGUUCUGGAAAAAGGCAUGAAGGAUGAACAGCAAUGGUUACAAGUUGCUCAGCAAAGAGUACCUGAUUUAUCGGCUGUAACUUCGGCUGAUUACGAUCAAUACACCACACUCUAUCAGUCAUUGAGUCAGGAUAUCUCCCAUCACUAUGUGAAAAUGACCAAUUUGUCAAAUAUCGCCAAUAAAUUGCAAGAUCUCGUACAAGCUCCCAAUUUGGUAGAAGAGACCAAUGAUGCCCUUAUUGUCCUAUUGAAAUUGCGCGAAGAAGUUUCAGUUUACCUACAUCGUUUACUUGUUUUCAAGGAUAUUUGGACCCAGUAUGUCAAUCAAACCGACAAAAUGGAAGCUUUCGUUAGAGAAAGUGAAAAGGAAUUGAAAAUGAUACAAAUACCUGAAUAUCCUUUGGAACAGCCUAUUGAGCAUAUGCGUCAAUUCUGGGAGAUUAAAGCCCAAUUCGAAAUGCAUAACAAUAUACGCACAGAAGCGGGCAAUACCUUUGAAAAGUCGCUGCAGGUGAUACCACUUGCCGACGAAAUGUUGCAAAGACAAUUCCAUGCUCAACUCGAGGACAGAUGUAAUGCUGUAGCGGAAAAUAUUGAACGUAUACAAAACAAAAUCGUACGUUCCCUCUCGUCAGAGGAUGUAGCUCCGGAGGAUAAACUGAAAUUGAUAGAACGUGAACUGCAGGAAAUCUACUUGACCAUGACCAGCAUGAAGGGUGUUAUCAAGAACGACGAAGAACUUUGUCUCUACAUCGAGCGCAUACAGGUCUUAAGAACACGAGUUGGUUUCAUAGGCAAUGAAUUGGGCAGAAUCGGUCUGCAAGAGCCCGCUAUUGAACCCGAAAAAGUAGGCGAACUCUUUGCCUUGUCACACAAAAUAUCCACACAAAUUGCUGAAGAAUUGGAGGGAGCCGCUCUACUGCGACAACAGCUAACCGCCAUCCAAGAGGGCAUCUCGAAUUUGCGCAAACAUCAAGCUAAACUAUCCGUCAUUUUGGAUGAAUGUGAAAAUGCAGAAAAACUGGAUAGUGAUGCCAUCGAAAAGGCUGUACUCGAUUGCCAGACUGUGGGUGAAGAGCUAAUAGGUGCUUGGCAAGAGAUUAUGCGUACACGUCAAAUGUUGCAUACACUGCCGAUGCGCCUUAAGAUGUCAGUCUCACCGGUUAAACUCGAACGUGAUAUAUCCCAAUUACAGGAUGAUCAUGCGUUCCUCGAGAGCAAAUGUACCAAUAUUAUGACAAUAUUGCGUAAUCGCUUAGCUCUAUGGAUGCGUUAUGAGAAACAAUUGGAGCUUGUACACAAUUCCGUUCAGGAGACCGAUUUCAUGAUGGAGCUUUUGAAGGUUCACGGACAAGUUGAUUAUGAGCGUUUGCGCAAGGCCACUGAACGUCUAGAGGGACUCGCUGGUGAUUUACAAAAUCGCGAGACUUUGUUAGACGAUUUACAGACGUCGGCAAAACCUUUAAUCGAAACUUGUGAUUUACAAAUUGUUGAACAAAUUGAAUCUGCAGUUCAAGAAGCUGUAGUGGCCUGGAAUGAUACCUCCGAUAAUUUGCAAACGUUGUGUGAACGUUAUCAACGUGCUGUAGAACUUUGGCAUAAAUAUCGUAACGCAUCGGCUCAAGUUAAAAACUACAUUGAACAACAAAUGGAUACAGUUAAGACCUUCAAUAAGCCCUUGGAAUCGCUGCAACAUGCCAAGGUAAGUUGUUUAAUAUUCUUAUCUGAUCUUGCCCAGGAAACACACUCGCCCAAGGAGUGUGAGGAACAAUUGACGGUUUUAAGAAGUCAUUUACAAACCCUGGCUAAUACCGAAGAACAAUUAAAACAAUUGCGAGAACGUGACAUAGAGUCACCCGCCGAAGAACUGCAAUCUCGCGAUGAAACCUCAAUUAUUGAAGUUUUGGAACUGUGGCAAAAGAUCUUCCAGGACACGUUCCAUGAAUACCAUCGUCUGUCGGCUAGAUUGGUUCGCACACAAAACAGUACUGAAGCCUUCCGUUUGUGGCGUCAAUAUUUGCAACACGUACACUCCUUCCUCUCCAGUGCCAUUCCCGAAGAUUAUACCGCUCUUAAAGAACAACAGCAUUUGUGUGAGAUUCAUGAGAAUCUAAUGGUGUCACAGCAAAAUGUUUUGGCUACCCAUACAGAAGCUGAACAGCAAGUGGAGCCCGAGGUUAGUGAACAGUUUAAACAGCUAACCAACAUGCACAAUGAAACGCUGGCACGCAUUACUCAGCGUAACAGUGAAUUGGAGAGACGUAUCAAUAUUUGGCGCACCUAUAGACAAGAUCUAACGGUACUAUUGGAAUGGCUAAAGGAACGUGAGAAGGAUCGCAAUGCUUUGCAAUUAAGAUAUAUACAUCUGAAACGUUUGCCACGUCUGCGUCAGCGCUUGGAUGAGCUAAUCAAUCAAGUGCCUGUAGGUGAACAAAUGGCCUCUAAGCUUAAGGCUCAACAGCAAGAACUCAUCAAAUUCUGUGAUGAUGCCUUAGCUACUUCGGUGCGCAUGGAACAGGCCAGUGUAGUGCAACGUGUAACAAAUCUUAAGGCUGCUUUGGAAACCUGGUCUGGUUUCUUGCAAAAGAUUAAGGAUUUGGAACACAGCUAUGAACAACAGCUAACAGAAGUACAAAAUGAUUUAGCUGUAGCCCAACAGUUAGUGCAAAAGACUGAAGAAUCUCUACCCACCAAUGCCGAUGCCAUACAAGAAUGUUUGGGCCAACUUAGAGCCCAAAGAGUACAGCUAUCCAAACAUACUCCAACUCUGGAAAACCUAAAUGUUUUACAAGAGGAACUUAAAGAAUGUAUUAGUCCCCAUGACAUGAAGACUAUUAGACAAACAAUCUGGAUCUUGUGGCAACAGCAUGCUGACUUAGACUAUGAACUUUCUACUCUUAUCAACAAAAUAGAGGAAAGACUAAUGCUGUUGGCCAACUUUAAUAACCGUUACGAACGUUUAUCCAAAUGGUUGGAUAAAUUAGAGGAACGUUUGGAAAGAACUUCCGAUAUUUCUGCCAUGGCUAAUCCUGAGGAAUUUGCCAAACAAUUGGAAAAACAAAUAAAUACCGAACUAACACUCAGGGAACGUGAUCGUGAAUGGUUACUUUCCUCAGCCCGCGAAAUAAUGGAAUUGUAUGCCGACAAUAGCCAACAUAGUGAAACGGUUAGAUCCGAAGUCCAGGAGAAAUCCGAUAUGUUAAUCGAUAGAUGGGAUCGUGUGCGUUAUUUGUGUAAACAACGCACUAACAAAAUCAACGAUUUAAAAAUGACUUUACAUAGACUGGAGGAAAGAAUCGCAUUACUCAGAUCUUGGAUGUUUGAGGUGGAAUCUGAGUUGGGUAAACCUUUGACCUUCGAUUCCUAUACCCCGCCUGUUAUUGAAAACAAACUGAAAGAACACGAAAAGGUGCAACGUUCCAUAGAGCAAAAGUCUAGCAAUGUGGGUGAGGUCUUAAACUUAGUAGAAAUGUUGCUAAACGAUGCCGAUGCUUGGCGCAGCCAUUUAAAUACUGCCAAUUUAGCAUUGGCCGCCCAAAACCUGGAACAAAGAUGGAAACAUGUUUGCAGUCAAUCGGCUGAAAGAAAACAACGUAUUCUAACAGUUUGGAAUAUGAUACAACAGUUGAUUAAAAUGACCACAGAAAAUAAGAACUGGAUACAAAAUCAGGAAACUGAAAUUGCUAACUUGGAAAGAGAUCUCGAUAAAUUGAGCAAGGAACAAGUGCAGGAAAGACAACAAUUGGUAGAGCAAAAACUUCAACAAUUGGAAAGUCAACAGGGCAAUUACAAUCAAUUAAGUCAAACAUAUGCCAAAUUAACCUCCAGUUCCGGAGUAGAUCCUGAAAAUAUACAAAAACUAACCAUGCCCACUAAGAUGAUGUUAAGCAAAUGGCGUCAGCUGCAACCUAGAUGUCAUGCCAUAACUGACAUCAUUAAUAAGGAUUUGGCUUUGUAUAGAAAUUUCAAGAAAGCUCAAGAUGAGGCUGUCAAUACUUUACAACUUCUACACAAUGAUGUGGCUAAACUAAGCGAAAUCCCUGGUAAAUCUCCAGAGGAAGCAAAGAAAGCUCUUAAGCGUAUAGAAAGUCUUGAAGGUAAAUUACAAAAGGCCGAACAGCAGGUACAAGCUGCAGAACAAUUGGCUACUGAUGCCAAGGGCAAAUUAAGAAAACAAGAAGACAUUACCACCAUAAUGACACUGAUUACACAAUUGACUACCUUGUGGCGUGAAGUACAAACACGUAUUGUAACAACAAAAACUGAAUGGUUAGCCAAGGCAGUUCCCUUAGGAGUAGCAGCUGGUGAAUCUCUAAUUAGCGCUACCAAAGUGGGUGAGUCAGAAGCAGGCGUACAAGUCGAUACGCUAUCCAAACGCAAAUUGCGCAAAGCACCCAUGGUGCGUGAAACUUCUAUAACUGCCAAAGAUGCCUAUAUAAUGGAAUUGGAAACUGCCAUCACCGAAUGCCAGAGUAAUUUAGAUGAUUUACAAAAGACAAUUUGUGAUAAGACACGCAAACCGGGUCCACAAAAAAUGUCCAAACUCUUGGGCAAUGCACAAUCAUCGACAGAGCUGGUCAAACAUUUAAGUCAAAUGCUAUUAAGUGAAUGUAAUGCCUCCAAUAAGGAUGCCCAAACAGACACUGUGGCAGAGCUAACGCUGCGCUUCGAUACUUUGCAAUCGCAAUGGAAGGCGCGUCAGCAACACGAUCAAAAUGCAAGCGAGAUCGGUCGACUGACAUGUCCGCUCUGUACACAACGCAACUGGCAACAAAUCGACAAUGAUCUCUGGCGUCUCGAACAAUGGUUACAAUUUGCCGAAGGCACACAAAAAUCACAGGCAUCACCACCCUCAAAUAUCGAGCUACUCGAAGAUGUGGUACAAGAUCAUCGCGAAUUUUUGCUCGAUUUAGAAAGUCACAAAUCCAUCAUCUCCUCGCUAAAUGUGGUGGGCGAUCAUUUGGCCACACACACUAUGGAUCAUGAAAAGGCAAGACAGUUGAGAGCACGUCUCGAACAGGAUAAUGAACGUUGGAAUAAUGUCUGUAUUAAUGCCACUAAAUGGCAGGGACUAUUGCAGACGGCACUUAUGGGUAAUAGUGAAUUCCAUGCCAUCAUCGAUGAGCUAUGUACUUGGCUGCAACAAACCGAGGCUAAUAUUAAGGCUUCCGAACCUGUCGAUCUAACAGAAGAUCGUGCCAUACUCAAGGCUAAAUUUGAUAAAUUCAAAGAAUUACGUGCCGAAUUGGAACGUUGUGAACCGCGUGUUGUUAGUCUACAAGAUGCAGCCGAUCAGUUGCUUAAAACUGUCGAAGGUUCAGAGGCUGAAUCAUCACAAACUUAUGCCAGAACCCUUUCUAGGCUAACCGAUCUGCGUUUCCGCUUACAAUCCCUAAGACGUUUAUCGGGCAUUUAUAUAGUAAAACUUGGUGCCGUUUUGGGUGUUGAUGGUGAUAAUCUGGGAGUCUCCUUACAUAUGUUGUCUAAUGAGCUUUUGGAUCAAUCUGUAACUUCAUUACCUUCUUCCUCUUCUAUGCAGGCUGCCGCACCAAACACUGAUAAUGCAAACGCUCUCGAGGGCGAUGCUGUAGAUGGCGAUGUCAUAAAUACCACCGUACUUGCACGAGGCGCACGCUUCCUCGGACGUGUUGCUCGUGCCUCACUGCCCAUACAAGCGCUCAUGUUACUGUUGUUGGGUGUUGCCACACUUGUGCCCCACGGUGAAGACUAUACCUGCAUGUUUUCAAACACUUUUGCCAGAAGUCUAGAGCCUAUGUUGUCGUAUCCUAAUGGACCGCCACCGGUAUAAGUAAUAUAAAAUGCAAACUUCUCGUUAAAACAAUAAACUUUUAGUAUUGUAAGAUAAAAGAUAAUUUUAUGUAAAAAAAAGAAAAGAAUUGAAACUGUUGAUAAUUGGUAUUUCUGUGAAGAAAUUAAAAAAAAAAGAAAACUAAAUUUGUAAAUUAUAAAUAUUGUAGUAAUGUCUGUAAAUGUAAAUUUUUUUCACAAAAUUUUUGUAUGUAGUUUUAAAUUAAAUAUUUUUUUUGUUGUUU